AUGGUACUGUACCAAACUAGACCGUCAUAUUUCUUCUAUACAGCCGAGUACGCGAAUAUUGAGGGUAUAAUUAGUAACUUUGUCGAGACCAAAAGCCCCAUUCGGAUCGGCAGCCAAACCGCGGUCCACAAUGUCAAGAUAUCAUUGGACCCCCCUCUUUCCAAGGAUUGUGUAGGAAGGUGUCUCGCUAUCGUCAUCCGUCAAUCACCCCGACAACUCAUCUCGACUGUCCCAGAAGC